UUCAUAGUUCAAUGUUUAUAUACGUCGCCCGGACUGGUGUGGGCGGGGUCCUGACUGCUGUUUUUCUUAGGUAGCCUGUUAAAAUGCCCGAACUCAAAACGCUUCUUUUUCCAAGAUGGCGUCGAUGAAGGACAGCGACACCGGCCUGUGGCUUCACAACAAACUAGGAUCCACGGACGAGCUGUGGACGCCUCCGAGCAUCGCCUCCCUCCUCACCGUGUCAGUAAUCGACAACAUACGGUUGUGUUUCUCGAGCCUGUCGCCGCCGGUGAAGCUCAAACUGCUGCUCGGGAUGCUGCAUCUUCCCAGGCGGACCGUUGACGAGAUGAAGGAGGCUCUGUCUGAGAUAAUCCAGCUGGCCACGGUGGAUUCAGAGCCCUGGGUGCUGAUGGUGGCCGAUAUCCUCAAGUCCUUCCCGGAGACCGGCUCUCUCAACCUGGACUUGGAGGAGCAGAAUCCGAAUGUGCAGGACAUUCUCGGUGAACUCAGGGAGAAAGUGGGCGAGUGCGAGGCGUCCGCCAUGCUCCCUCUGGAAUGCCAGUACCUGAACAAGAACGCGCUGACCACUCUAGUAGGACCGCUCACUCCCCCCGUCAAACAUUUCCAGCUCAAGAGGAAGCCAAAGAGUGCAACGCUGAGAGCAGAACUGCUUCAGAAAUCAACAGAAACGGCGCAGCAGCUGAAGAAGACAGCCGGAGUGCCUUUUCACGCCAAAGGGAGAGGACUGGUCAAAAAGAUUGAUACGACAACUCCUCUCAAAGGAAUUCCCAAGGCCCCGUUCCGCAGCCCCACUGCUCCCAGUUUAUUCAGCCCUCCCAGUAACCGCACACCCAUCGCCUCCCCACGGACUCCUCUACGGAAGGAGAGAGGGGUCAAGCUUUUAGAUAUUUCAGAGUUGGACAUGGUUGGAGCUGGAAGAGAGGCGAAGAGGAGAAGAAAGACUUUAGAACCAGAAGCCGGAGAAAAAGCAGCCAAAGAAGAGUCGGUGGUGGAGAACACCACUCCAGAUUACGCUGCUGGCCUCGUCUCUGCUCAGAAACUUGGGGCGCUAAACGAGAAUCCCCUGCCCUCUACCAGCUACCUGCCGGCUACACCCAGCAUGGUUCCCUCCUCCUCUUACAUUCCCAGCUCCGAGGCGCAGCCAGCCAACGCUGGUGGUUCUGGACGGGACAUGCUGCAGGCAGCUCGCCAGCCAGAGGAGUCCACCACAGCAGCGGCCGGCGCCGGCUCCACCUUACCCAGCCAGUACAAGCAGCGGACGCCCAUGUACAACGCCGGCUCCACGGCCAACCCCGCCACUCCCACGUCCCCCAGCACGCCCACCUCCACGCCGGCCAACAACGGGCCGCCAGCGGCUGCCACCGCCAGCCAGCCGGAGACUCCCACCCAGCCCCCCACCAUCCCUCAGACUCCUACACCGACACCAGCACCUACGCCAGCGCAACCCCAACCCAAAAAGAACCUCUCACUUACGAGAGACCAGAUGUACGCCGCUCAGGAGAUGUUCAAGACCGCAAACAAGGUCACCAGGCCAGAGAAGGCUCUCAUUCUGGGGUUCAUGGCUGGAUCCAGAGAGAACCCGUGCCCGGAGCAGGGGGACAUCAUCCAGAUCAAGCUGAGCGAGCACACGGAGGUUCUGCCCAAAGCUGACGGCACCGGCAGCACGACCAUGCUGGUCGACACGGUCUUCGAAAUGAACUAUUCGACAGGACAGUGGACCCGCCUCAAGAAAUACAAACCCAUCACCAACACUUCCUGAAGGGACCCAACACGCACAAAAACCCACACCCCAAAAUUCACACACACACACAAAAAAAAAAACACGUUUAUGUACACAAACAUUUGGGCCAAAUCAAGCUCGCACAGGUUGUCAAGGAGAGAAAGAAUCCUCCCUUUUACCAAAAUGGAGAGCUUCCUUUUUUCUUCCCUCACUCCCUCCUUUCCCUCUUUUACUGUUCGUUUUUAAGUCCGCUCCAGUUGUUGAACGAUGCGGGUUCAGGACGGGUGACGUUACGGCUGGCACCUUUGAGCGCCGAGGCAAAAGCUGUCUGUAUUCUGUAUUAAAAAAAAAUAAAAAAUUUCAGCUUCGGCCCUUCAAGAUUGAAUGUUGUUCACUAAAUCGAGACGUUGUUCUCAUUGCAGGCGACGCAAAAAAGAAAAAAACAAACCACAGGCGGGUAAUUCCUCUCAAUGCCGUCAAGUUGUUAGGAGCCUUCUGGUUGGUGUUAAUUAUUUUUCAGCCUUUUUCAAAGGAAGGGAAGAAAAUAAAGAUACAACAGACUCCAUGUUGAGAGUAUCUUUCAUCAUUACUUAUCCUUCGAUUCAGUCCAAGUUGUCAAAAUGAGUUUUAUUUGUUUGACCUGGUUCUAACCUGAAUUAUGUCAGCGGCUCUCCGCGGUGUUAAAACGUAAACUGACAUUUCGUUUUAAAGUUUUUACACAUAAUGUGACAUCUAUUCUGUACAAGUCAAUUA